UGUUGAUGCCGCCGGGGGAGCUCAGCUGUGUCUGCGGGGUCCUAAAGGCUCCUGGCAGGGGAAAUUUGGGAUCACGGGCUUUGGGAGCCCCCCGAGAGCCGGAGGUUGCCCAGCAGAAGGUGUGGAACCCUCCCUGGUGGCGGCCGGGGCUGAGACCUCCCAGCAUGGGGGUUAAAGCGAUGCUCCCCAGCUACGAGCUGGGCUUUUAUGCUCUGGUGGUGACCUGUGCUGUGCUCUACAGCGGCAGCGGCAUCUUCCAGGCAUCCAGAGACAGCAUGAACAGAAAGGCCUUUCGGGAUGGAAUAAAGCCAGGCUGGCACUACUUCGGCAGGAAGAUGGACGUGGCCGAUUUCGAGUGGGUGAUGUGGUUCACCUCGUUCAGGAACAUCAUCAUCUUCGCCCUCUCUGGACACGUCCUCUUCGGCAAGAUCUGCUCCAUGACUGUGCCACAGCACCGGGCUGUGAUGUACAUGAUCUACGGGGUCCUGGCUGUGCUGGGCAGCAUGGGGCUGGUCUACCUGAUGAUCAUCCUCUCCCACUGCCUGGUCCUCUACUCGGUGGCCCUGGCCAAGCAGAAGUGGCUUUGCUACGUGGCCGGGCUCUGCUGCCUUGCCUCCUUCAAGGUGGAACCCUUUGGCUCGUGGCAGAGCGGGUUUGUAACGGGAGCUUUUGAUCUCCAAGAUGUCCUUUUCUACGGAGGAUGCACCUUCACCAUCAUGCGCUGCAUGAGCUUCGCCCUCGAGAGCUCUGAGAAGGAAGAGGGCAUCUACUCCAUCUUCGACCUCCUCAAGUACAACUUCUACCUCCCAUUCUUCUUCUUUGGGCCUGUCAUGACCUUUGACCAGUUCCAUGCCCAGGUGAGCACCCGAGAGCUGCGGCGCAAGGACGACGAGAUGAAGAGCAUCCGUGUCAAUGCCCUGCUCCACGUGGGGGCCAUCGUGGCUGUGGACAUCUUCUUCCACUUCUUCUACAUCCUCACCCUCCCUUCUGACCUGAAGUUCGUGAACCGCCUCUCGGACUGGUCCUUGGCUGGCCUGGCCUACUCCAAUCUGGUGUAUGACUGGGUGAAAGCUGCUGUCAUGUUUGGGGUCAUCAACACCAUCGCCAGACUGGACCACCUGGACCCACCCCAGCCCCCAAAGUGCAUCACCAUGCUCUACAUCUUUGCCGAAACGCAUUUUGACAGAGGGAUUAAUGACUGGCUGUGCAAGUACGUGUAUGACCACAUUGGAGAGAACCACGACAACAUCCUGAAGGAGCUGGUGGCCAGCAUCACCACCUUUGCCAUCACCACGCUUUGGCUGGGGCCCUGCGAGGUCGUUUACAUCUGGUCCCUCGUCAACUGCUUCGGCCUCAACUUUGAGCUCUGGGUGCAGAAGUUCUUCCAGCUGGGGCCCUUUGCCAAGCUGGAGGCCAAGCUGUCAGGGGCCAUGUCUCGGCGGAUCAGGGCAGCUUUUGGGGCGGUGAAUUUCUGGGCCAUCGUCCUCUACAACAUCCUGGCCCUCAACAGCCUGGAGUUUGCACUGCUGGUGACCAAGAGACUCCUCGUGAUGGGUUUCCCUGUGAGCACCCUGUCCAUCUGGUUCAUCACCUACUGCGGAGUGCAGCUGAUCAAGGAGCGCGAGCGCAUCCUGGCCAUCGAGGAGGAGGAGAAGGGUGACAAGGCAAAGGUGGAGUAGGGGAGGCACCACAGGCUUGUCCUGAAGCCUCGUCUCCCAGCCACUGCUGCCAGGCCAGCCACUGGCCAGGGCUCUCCAGGCCCUCCUGACAAUCCGACUGCUGUAGCUCAUCCACGUAGAAGUCACCUGGAAGGCACAGGUCACCCCCUUGCUGCAGGAAAGGUUUUCCAUCAGGCACAGAGGGCGUUUCACAGUCUCCCCAGACGUGGCAGGAUGCUGAGGCAGCUCCCAGGACAUGCCAGAGACAUCCCCAUUGUUUUUCUGCCCAUCUGACAUUGUGCAGGCCCAGAGAUUUCAGCCCCUGCUUCCCACAACAUUUGGUCCACCAGCACUGGGCUCUCCCCACGUCUCCCAGAGGAGACUCCAGGUCCCAGGGCUGGAGGUUUUAGGGCCCUGCACUGCUGGAUCUGAGACUGCUGACGACCACCCUGCUGUGACACGUGUCCUGGGACUCAAGCCAAACCCCACCUCAGUUUUUUUAUACGCCAUGGACAAAGGUCUAAGCUCACAUUCCUGCCCAUGGCUGAGGCACAGGAUGUGCUGUAGCCAACCCUUGCUCAUCUCCAACCACCCAUCCCUUUCCUCAGCUGCCUUUGGUGUGCACAGCCCAUGGCUGUAGGGCUGAGUGAGCACACGGGUGGAUCCAAUCAAAGGAGAAGAACCCCAGAUGAGGGACAAGGACUUGGGGCUGGGUGGUGGAGGGAAACUCCUUGGAGAAUUAGACUUUGGGAGUGUGUGAAACAUGGUGCCUUGGGGGAAAGGUGGGUUUGUAACAGAAAAAUAGCUCUGGCUCUCUUGCACUUUAGAGUAACUCUCAGUGGCCUUAUGUCUGAGUUUUGUUGCUGUUGGGCGAGGUUGGGAUCCACACCCCUUUGCAAUGGGGGUCGAGAUGCUUGGAUGAAGCAGGAUGGGUUCCUAGCCAGCUUUCAGCUCUGCCAAAGUAAUUUGUGAAGUCCCUGAUAAAUGUCACUUAUUUAUGUAGGCAAUAAAUGUUGGAUAACUCUGG